CGGGGGGUGAACGGGGGACGGGGGAAGGUGAGGGGCACCAGCAAAUGUUGCCUCUUGCUCUUGCUUCCUGAGGUGCAACAUUUCGCAUGCGAGGUAUCCCCAUUUGCGGCUUGCCGUCGCUGGUCCUAGCCAAGCACUUGUCUGUUGUCUUCCGUGCUUGUCGUCGCCGCCGCCGGCUGUCUUGCUCGGAUUGGGACUGGAAGGCGCCGUGCGGGCACGAUGCGAGAUGGACAACAGCUCGUGGCGGGAACGUGGAGGGGUCCAACGAGUCGGGGCAAGUGGAGGAGGAGGGGGGGUUCAAUUCAAUUGACCGACAAGACAUCUUGAAUGACGGCAUGCAAGGUACCUUUCCUCGCUAAUGACUAUGGCAAGGUACAAUGGUAAACGGCAGGGUUGGUUGGUCUCGGCCUGAGGCGACAGAAACGGGCAAAGAGUAACGUGGGAAAGAAUUGAAGAAGUACUCCGGAAACAGUUUAAAAAUAAAAUAAAAAAACGAACCGUAU